UUGAUCGUAUUGUUUAGUCGCUGUCGCAGUUCGCGGUUCGGCCGCUCGUGUAAAAGUUGUGUUUUAUUUUCGCCGUUGUCGUAUUUUUUUUUACCGGUGAUAUCGUCGUGUUUUUUUUAAUUCCAAGUUGUAUUUUUACGUAUGAAUAAGUAGUUGUCGGUUCGAUUAGUUUUUUUUUCUGGUUUCGUCGGUAAGUUUUGUAUAUAUUUUUCGGUAUGUUUUAUCCACCGGCUUGGAUAUUCGAUUUUUACCACGUUGAACGUGUACUACAACACGGUUACCGGUUACCAAAUAUUAUUCAAUAUUGUUCGUAAUACGUUACCAAAUUUCGCGUUUAUAUCGAAGAAAAGGGAAAAAAUUACCAAAACGAAAUCACGAGCAUUUGUUCGAAAUGCUAACCGAUGAAGAUCGAAGCACGCUGUGUAACGAUUUGGGCGAAGAAUCGUCCGAAGAAGAUAAUGAAAAACAGAAUGGAAACUCGUUACCGGAAUACUUGCUUCUUAACGCGGUUCAAGAAGUGGAAGAAGUACGUCCAGCGGCCAAUAACGAUACGCGUACAUCGAACGACAGCAGCCGAGAAGAAGACGCCAACAAAUUAUUAUAUCACCCAGUUAUGGUAUCGACGUUAUUGAAUAUAGAUUUUGAAAAUUACAUGGUGCACGAGUCUACCAACGGACUGGCCGCCGCUAAGCAAGAAUCGUCGGCGUCGAUAUCAUCAUGUAUGACGUCUUCGACAUCGUCGUCGCCUACUGUUAUAUCGCCGGUGGUCGUACCGACGAUAACCGCAUUCCAAAAUUUUCAAUUUCGUAAUUCUCACAGAGAAUUUUUCAUAUUGGAGAAUGCUCGCAACAACAACAGCAGACCCAGAUCUUCUAGUCUUACCGAUAAUACCAUUGAAUUUUUUCGUACCAGGCGUGAUGUUCAUCAUAACGUAGAUAUGCAUUUAAAUCGUUCGAAUAAUGAUCUGUCGGCGCCGCAGCAGCAGCAGCCGCAGCCUCAGCUGCGACCGAUGAAUUUGGUGUCUUCGGCGGCUGGCGCGCGUAAUCCGCUAAAUUACGAUAUGUUCGCUGUUCGGGAAUCGGUGAAUUCGGUUAAACCGAGCGUGUUACCGCAGGUUAGAAUCAACUCGCCUUCGUUGUCGCCUUUAUCGAAGAAAUUCUGCGAUUUUCACGAUAAUUUGGUGGUGGCCGUCGCCAAGAAAAUCAACAAGAACAACAACAACAACGUGGAUGCUGCGAACAACGAAAGCGAAGAAAAUUUUGGUUUUAAUGUUCCCGGUGUGCCGGCUCAUUCUUUUAAUUGCGCUCGUACCGUAUCCUUUCACGCGUUGCUUUGUUCGUGCAAGUUAACCUGUUGUUGUAUGUGCGAUUUCCUAUGUCCGUCUGAUUGUCACGCUUGUCUUCACGGUGUAUGUGCCCAAUUCGUGCGCAAUUACCAAUGCGUUAAAUCCAAUAUUUUGGCUCCGAUCAACAACUUCAACAUCGAUAAGCCAUUAGUGAAAUGGACGAAUGAAAACAUCGUAGAUUGGAUAAAAGCGCUGAGGUUGGACGACUACGUGAAUAUUUUCAAAGACCGAGACAUACAAGGCACCGAAUUAAUUUAUCUGAAUAGAAACAUGUUAAGGGAUAUUGGAAUUCACGAUUCGAAACAUCAGAAUAUAAUGCUUUCUUGUAUAGACGAUUUAGUGAGUUACGCUUUCCGUGGUAGUAGAAUUAUGGAAUGCCAUAAUAUAGCAGAUAUCAAAGAUGUAAAUUUCGGUAGCCAUAAAAUGGUGAAAUAUAAUUCUCCUUUGUUGGAAAAAUGCGCGUCUUGCGACAAAUUCAAACGAGGACCAUUCUAUCAAGAAUUUCUAUGCAAAGAAUGCGGAUUAUUAGCUCAUACCGAGUGUAAUGGAUCCGGAUUGACAAGCUGUAAACCAUUUCCGGAAGAAACAAUCAAUAAUUUUAAAGACAGAAUAGAUUUAAAAAAUCAACUUGGAGUCGGUGUUUGUUCGUUGUUUAAUGUUAAAGUACAAGCUGCUCCUACGGUUAUUAUUCGCUGUACCGAAGAAUUAGAAGCCAGAGGUCGUAAUUCUCCCGAAUUAGAUUUAUAUAACGUAUAUCGUGCGACACCAUCGCAUGAAAGUUUAAGAGAAUUGUGUUCUGCCAUUAGUACCGGAGGAGACGAUCACGAUUUCUCGGGUUUUGAUAUUGGCUGUGUUUCUGGGUACUUCAAGAAGUACCUGCGGGAGUUACCCGAUUCAUUGAUUCCUAUCCAGUGGUACGAUCGUUUCUUAGAUGCCUCUAGAAUCCCCAAUGAUGCAGAAAGUGGCGCAUUGCUGUACCAAAUGGUACAACAGUUGCCGGACCAGCAUAAGGCAACGAUUAGUUAUAUAAUGGGACAUUUAUGUCGUAUAUGUCAAUUGCAGUAUUCACGCGGUUAUACGGAAUUUCCUCGAAUCCUAAUACAAGUUAUAUCGCAUUUAAUUAUCAGACCACCUUGGGAACGAAUCAUUCAAGUGGUGUACAAUACCGAAUCCCAUUUUCGUAUUGUAAGUAUGCUACUGCAGUAUGGUCAAUGGAAAGAGAAUUUACCUCGUUUUACAGCUGAAACUCAACGAAUACGUAAACUUUCACAUUUAAACACGAUGAUGUCGUCUUCGGCACAAUUAUUAGCCGAGCUAGAAGAUAAGCCUAGCUCGGAUCCGCUUUCCUUACAAGAUGCAGAUUGGUAUUGGGGUAAUAUUACCAGGGAAGAGGUGAACGAAAAAUUAAUGGAUGCGCCUGAUGGAACAUUUCUCGUACGGAAUGCUUCGAAUAAAAGUGGCGAGUACACGUUGACGUUGCGUAAAAGCGGAGCGAAUAAAUUAAUAAAAAUAUUCUGCCGUAAUGGAAAAUACGGUUUUUCCGAGCCAUUUAAUUUCAAUUCGGUCGUCGAGUUGAUUAAUUUCUAUCGUAACGUAUCGUUAGCGCAAUACAAUUCGACUCUGGAUGUUAAACUGAUUUAUCCGGUUUCACGACAUCAACAAGAUGAAGAGAUACCGAGUAACGCUGACAUAGACGACGUUUGGGAACGUUUCGUCGAUCUUUAUAAGUUACUAAUGUUGAAGACCAAAACGUACGAUGAUCUCUCUGCCUCGUAUUUGGCCUCCGGGGCUGAUAUACAGAUGAAAAGAUGCGCAUUGGAUGCGUUCAGCGAAACCAUAAAUAUGUUUAGGGACCAGCUUAAAUUACAAGAGAAGAUGCAAAAGGAAGCGCAACCUCACGAAGUCAAAAGUAUGUUAAGCAAUGUCGUCAUGUUACGCCAACGUUUAAAGAAUAUGGAAGAAAACCGCGAACAACUGGAAGACACGUUAAAGGAACAAGUGGCAUUUACGCGGACCCUGGAACGCGAAUUAAUCACCUUGAAGCCGGAAGUUAUAUCGUUAUUUAAACAAAAAGAGCGAGCCGCAUCGUGGCUUUUGUCGCACGGCGUUAAAUUACAAAGAAUCCAUCAAAUGCUGGCGGGUAAUACGCUCACGUUGCAUAAUUUAAAUAUCGACGCCGAUAGGCCGCAUACCUUCGAGGCGACCUGGUUCCUUGAGAAGUGUACGAGAGCUGACGCCGAAAAAUUACUGCAAGGAACACCUGUCGGCACUUUUUUAAUCAGACCGAGUCGUACUGGUCAAUACGCGUUGUCUAUUUCAUGUAACGGAACGGUUAAUCACUGUAUCAUUUACCAAACCCCUCGUGGAUACGGAUUCGCCGAACCUUACAAUAUCUACGACUCGUUGAAAUCGUUGGUGCUGCAUUAUUCGCAGAACUCGCUGGAAGAGCAUAACGACGUACUUACCACAACAUUGGCGCAUCCAAUUUACGAAGAUCGUUUCACCACCGGCGGUAUUCCGGAAGAAAGUAAUUACGUUAAAGUAAACAUAAACAGCGCUAAAUGACAAACAAAUUCUGACAACAAAUACAGUUGUCAGAAUCUAACGCUCGCUGAUUUACUUUUAUUUCAAGAAUGAGAGGGUUUUUUUUUUGUUCACACCUUAUUCUUAACGUAUGUAUUGUACCUAUGUGACGUACUAAGACGUAGAUGUACGAUUGUACGAGUAGUAUUUUUUACUUCCAGUAAGUGAUACGGCCUUACGACUCGACCUGGGGUAAAAAUGUGCAAGAAAGAGAAAGAAAUCAAGUGACACGUGUUUCAUAAUAAUUUUGGUGGUCGUUAUUGUUGUUGUGUUUUUUUUUUUCGUUCUUAAAUAUUUUUUUUUGUCUUGUUGUAACCGUUGUGUUCUCCCUUAUAUAUCCGUAUGUGUUUCAAGAUACCGUCGCCCCCAUCGAGGCAUCAUCGACGUGUAUUUGUUUUUCAAAAAUAUAUAAACGUCGAGUUAUAUCCGGUUGUGAUAAAUAAUCGUCGCGUGAGUGUGUUUGUUGUGUGAGUGUACCUACACCGGUGUAAUUAUUAUAUACGUGUGUCGUUUUUUUUCAAAUUAUUAUUUUUUUCGAAUUUUUCACGAGUUCUGGUAACGUUAGGAGGAGGGAUUGAUUAAAUCAAUCGCAAAUGGAAUCUGUGUCGAUUGGACGAAAUGUUUUGUUUGUUUUAAAAAAUUGACCAAUUUUGGUGUGGAAGGGGGCUGGUUCCGUGCAGCUGAGCUCUUCGUAGGGAAACUGAUAUUAAUCAAAAUCUGUAAUUUUUGUAAUUUCUUUGCGAAUGUUUUAAAAAUUCGUUGUCAAACGUCAAAAUUUGAAAAAAUUAUUUCAAAAAAGUGCCCGGUGAAGAAUUUUAAUGAAUAAUUAUCUUUAAAAAAGAUAAAUCAAUUUAUUUGUCAUGAUUCUUGAAAAAGCUGUUGAUGGACAUUUUCGUCAAAAAGUUGAAAAAAAAUAAAAAUUUUGGAAAUGAGCGUCGAAAAACGAAAAAGUUGUUGAAAUAUUGAAAUUGAGAAAUAUGAGCAUAAUCAAAAUGAAAAAAUAGAGGAAGGGAAUUUCGGACCCCCUGGAUGAAUUUAUUUCGAAAUUAACUUCAUCCAAAAUUAACAAUGGAACUCGAGUCUUCAAUGUUCUAUUAUUGUUAUUUUUAUAUUUCUGUAUAAAGAGGGGGCUCGGACGAGGGGAAUUUGUGAUAUUUCUGUAAAAUUGACGAAGAAAAUCAAUUCAAUAUUUCAACUAUCUCUUUUGCGGGGGGAGGGGGAAGGACAGAGUGAAAAAGUAGGCGAAAAAUAAAGAUUUUAUUUUAUAGUCCCCUUGAAGCAAAAAAUUUGCAACUUUUUUAUUUAAAAAAAAAAUGAUUUUUGUCGAUUUUUUUAAUCUUUUGCAUUUUAAUUUUGUUUCUAACGAAUAUUUUUUCGAACUAAUGUUAUAAUGUUCUCAAUUUCUUCGCUUUUAUUUCAUCAAAUGAUCUUUUAUUGAAAAAAAAAACAUUGAAACUGUUUUUUUUAAAUAAAUUUGGAGGCUGCAGAAAUGCAAAAUAAUUUCUAAAAGACAAGCAGGAAUUUUUUGAGGCGGAAAACUAAGUUUUUGAAGUUUCAGAAAUUUGCCAUAAAUAAAAUGAACGAACCCAAACUAUUGAUAAUUUAGUAUUAGGGAACUUCUUGUUUUGCAUCCUCUCCCCCCCCCCCCCCCCCGAAAAAAUCAACACAUUUUUCACUGAAAAUUAAAAUUGAUUUGGUAGUCAUUUUUUUAUGGCUACAAUUUGUUUACCAAUAAUUCACACUUUUCCACUAAUUGAUAAUUUUUUUCUUCAACUGUGGACUUAUUUUAUUUUACGAAAAAUUGUUACAUUUUUUCACCAAAAGUUGUCAUUAUUUUCACCAAAAUUGUCUUUUUUUCGAAAUUUCUUUCUUCUUGUAGGAGUUGAAUAAUAAGAAUAUUAUCAUUUCCUUGAAAAUCUCUACCCAAAAUCAUCAUUUUUUUCAAAAAACAAAAAAAAUUAAUCUUUUUUCAAAGAUAAAAAAAAAUUAUUUUUUUUCUAAGAAAGAUAAAAAAAUUAAUUUUUUUAAAAAAACAAAAACCAAUCAAUUUUUUUUAAAAAACAAAAAAAAUCAUUUUUUUUAAAAAAACAAAUAAAUCAUUUCUUUAAAAAAACAAAAAAAAUCAUUUUUUUUAAAAAAACAAAAAAAAUUAAUUUUUUUCCAAACACAAAAAAAAUUAAUUUUUUCAAAAACAAAAUAAAUCUUUUUUUUAAACCAAAAAAAUAAAAAAAUUUCUAACCACAAAAAAAGUUUUUAAAAAAACAAAAAGUUGUUUUUUUUGAGGAGGGAGCAGGAAAGGAUGUAAAAACUGAAAACGUUUCAUUUUUGUGUUUUUUCUAGAAAAAAAGUCAUGCAAAGCCUUAUAACAGUCAUGCAUUUGAAUAUCAAAAGUUUGUUAGACGGUCUGUUUUUUCAAAAAUGAUUUAAAAAUUUUAGAGUUCAGUUCCACGUCUCACCUUUGCGCCCUUUUUCAUUUCAAAAGUUGAAAUUUUAGAAUUUGAAUCUCAAAAUUAUCAUUGACGGUCUGGUAUUCCAGUUUUAUGCAGAAGAACCCGAUCGUCGAUUUUAAUUCCACUAUUUGCGAUUGAUAUUAUCAUUUUAAUUUACGUAUUAAAAAUAUUUUUAAAUUUCAAAUCAAUACUCAUCUUCGGUUGGAAUAAUAGGGUAAUUUUUGACGAUUGAAUAUUCCACUGGUAGAAUUUUAUUGACGUAACCCUAACGAGUAAUUUUAAACGUUAUUUUAUUACCUUUUUUUUUAAUUUUGAAAAAAAUCAACAAUGUCUUUCGUUAACAUCUUACACUAUAAUUUUUAAUGGAUUUUUUUCAAAUAUUUCAAAAUAAGUUUGUUUAAUUUUUAAGAUCUCAAUUUUAAAAUUAACAUCACCUUUUUUUAUCUACGUAAAAAAAAGUUGGUUUAUAGUCAAACGUGGUGUGGCGCGAGUUUUAAAACUGAAAAAGUGAAUGAAAAUUUUGAACAAGAAAACGAGUCAAGUCUGUCGAUGAUGUGGUUAUUAUAAGGAAGUAUUUAUCGAUGCCAGUGAUAAUUUUAUUGUUUCUUACUUGGUAAGAUUAUAAUUGUUGGGCUGUUAAGCGUUAUUAAUUUUAUACAUACAAAGUGAUCGUUUCAAUGUGAGUAUAUAUUGCUUAAGUGCAUUUUACAGUUGGGGGGAAAAUUGAAUACAUUAAUUACCUACAAAAUGAAAAUACAUAUUACGUGUAUAUACUAUAAUCAGUUAACGAGACUUUUUAGCUGUGUAUAGAAUUUUACAACGAUUUGUGAAAACGUUAUCGCGCUUUUUUUUAACUUGUUGUUUGUAUUUUAAGAAUCGAUUUGUUUGUUUUUUUACGCGUAUUUUUUAUACCUAUGCUUUGUUUUGAUUAUUUUUUUAUGUAUAUUUUGUUGAUCAUUAUAUGGAGCGGAGGAGUAGCAUGACUCGUGGUAGUAGAUGAGCUAUCGGCGUAAUAUAUUUUUUUCAAUUUUUGGACUAGUCUUUGUGUUGUAGGAUGUUGUAGUAUGUACGAGUUAUGCGGAGUUUUUAUUAUAUUAUAUAUCGUGUCGGUCUACCUCUCUCGAAUGUUAUAUUGAAGUAUUAGAUUUAACUUUUUUUAUGUAAGUUUUUUUGUUGAACAAUAUUGUUUACUUUUUUAUGUAUAUUGUUUUUUUUCUCUUCUUCUUCUUCUACUUCUUUUUUUUUUUUUUUGUUCUUUCGUCUCUCUUUUUUUUUUUGUUUUUGUACGGGAGGGUAUUUAUGUUUUCUGUGCCAUAAUCGCCGCGUUUUUUUGAAACAAGAAAAACAAAAAAUUGACGAGAUGUGUUCAACGUAAAAAGGUGAUUUAUUUUUUAAAGCUCUUAUAUUUUCCAACUGCCGGGGGUUUGAUUUUCAAAGAACGCCAUAUUGAGCUUGCGAAUCGCUGUUAUUUUGUUGAAAAAAAUAAUAUAAAAAAUUCCAAGAUGAAUCCAAAGGGUGUGAGUUUAAAACACGAUUUAAUUAUAUUCAGUUCCUAUGAUACUUUUAUGGUUUUUAUUUUCUUUUGUUUCUCUGUCGUAUAUUUUUUUUUGUGUCGCGUUGGAUGUGUACUUUCAUUGUUCUCGAGAAGCUUUUAUAUAUCUGAAAAGUAUCGAGAACUGAUUUUUAAAUCGUUCGGUAUUUUAUAAGCGCAUUAUAACAGCGGUCUUAAUGUUUAGGACACGAUUUGUAUAUUAUUAUAUAUCUUGUUAUCGAUGUGCGAUUAAUACGAAUAUGUAGGUAUUAUCUCUGUUCAUAUAUGUUACAUUUUUUUCUGUCUUUUUUUUUUGUAUUACCAGCUUCAAUGGAAAUAAAUUAUUUCGCUUUUAUUA